GCGCACUAUUCGAUCAGAACUGUGCACUCGCCAUUUUCAGUCUCAUGAACUAGAAAAUUAAAAGCUCAAUUUAUUGUUUAUAUUAACCCAGCGAAAGAUGAAUGAGGAUAGAUUAGAUUUUCGAUACCUAAAAUCUGGAAAUGAGGGAAUAAUGAUCAACAAAACAAUUGAUCCAUCGCAAGCAUCGAUGUCAAAUUGGAAGCCUGUUGACGACGAAAAAACGCAUAACCUCCACUCACAAAAUCAUCGGAACAACCGUUUACGGACAAGUCGAGAAACGACGGUAGCCGUCGCGGAAUCUGCAAAGAAAAAUGGAAUGCAGACUAUACACAGGGUUCGAAUUUUGUUGUUCCAAUAACAAUGCAAGCACAUCCAACACACCUGAGCGAUCGAUAUCUGGAUGAAAAAGAUGAUAUUUUGAGUCAACACAAAGCAUUGCCUUAUUGUUGUCACUGCAACGCGAUUAUUAAAACUUGGAGGGGAUUCGAAUAUCACGUUCUCUGCACACAUUUAAAAUAUCGCCCCUACCGUUGUUUUCAUUGUAAAAAAGAUGGAUUUUACACUGAAGAAGAAGGUCGUUUUCAUUUGAGUACAAGACAUCCGAAAGAUGAAGUUACGCUAUUCAAGGAAUACGAUCCCAAAAAAGAGACAGCCGCCCGAGAAGCAUUCAAACAAAUUUUUCUGAUAUGUAGAGAUGGACCAGAGGUAACUAAAGAUCGAGUUCACGAAUGGGAGAGAGAAGCAGAAGUAGAAGUUAUGAAGUUCGCCAACUUGAAAUUCAAACGGCCAAUCGUGUUAGUCAGAAAAUUAACUUCACACUCACGACAAGUGCAAACGCCCACAUAUCAAAAUAUUUCAUUGGAUUCCUGUCAAAUUCCACAGACUCGCCCUGAACUUCAAAAUAUUGCAAUAAACUUUCGUCCGAUGUCUGUCACAACUCCACAUCAAGAUCUAUCCAUUAAUCGACGAGGUGUCUAAAUUGUUUAAUGUAUUUGCGGGUCCUUUUUUUUUUGAUAAAUAAGUUCAUAAUUUGAAU